UGACUUUGUGUUUUAUGCCUAAAGGUUUAAACCAUGCUUUUGCAUAUGCUAAUACGUGCUUGUCUUUAUGGGUUCACCUUCCUGUGGAACAUUCUUUGUAUACAAUCCGCAUUUCACUGUCCACCAUCCCUUUGGGAAAUAUGGAAUGACAGAUGCUAUUUGCAAGUUACUACGUCAAUGAGCUGGUUUGCGGCAAGAACAAUCUGUCAACAGAACGGUGGGGAUCUUGUGGUGGUAAGCUCAGGCAGUGAAAAUGAUUUGAUUGCGACAAGACUUCAGGAUUCAGGGGUAAAUGAUAGCGUUUAUGUCGGCCUACAUAAUAACCCAGACUUCAGCAAGUACCGAUGGGUUGGCACUGGAGAAUUUUCAUCUUACUAUAUUGAGUGGGCUAAUGGCCAUCUAGAUACAACGUCGGAGAAGUGUGUUAUUCUUAACCUUAAUCACAGGGAAUUUUACGAAACUGACUGCUACUUGGACCAAUAUGCUUUAUGUGAAACAGCACCAUACGCCCAACGGUGUAUGACGUCAGACUGGAUGCCUUGGAAUCGUAAAUGUUAUAUUUCGCUGCCCGAUCCGUCGACGACUUCAUUCAAUGAAUCGAGGAAACUUUGCAUAGAGAAGGGGGCUGACAUAGUCGUUAUUGAUACAGAAGAAGAGCACCUAAUUGUUAAUGCGUUAGCUACUCCGUACUUGGCAGAAUGUGGCUUCAGGUCCACUUGGAUUGGACUAGUUAGAGACUACAGUACUCAACCUGCUACUAAUUUUAUAUGGGUCAAUGGAAAGCAUCCAGCAUUGGAUCUUUGGUACUCAGGAGAACCCAAUGGAGCAAAUAUAAAUGAAGAUUGUACUUGUACAGAACUUAUUGGCUGGUACGACGUCAAAUGUUCUAGAAAAAACACAUUUCCAAUCUGUGAGAAAGCUGCAGCGAGGAUUUUGUUCAAGAAAAAUGAUGGCUGCUCGACUGAAGUUGUAAUCAUGUCAGUGUGGACGCGAUCCCGAGCCAGAUGUGCUCAUGCAUGUUGGCAGACUACCGGGUGUACGUCGUUUAACUGCAUCAAACAUGCCAAAUUGCAUUUUGAAUGUCAACUGGUGGAAGCAAAAAACAAUGUAGGCCUAUACAAGCAUGAGGAUGAUAAAAUAUGUGCAACUUACAAUAUGUUCUAAAUUACAAAACGCUCAGCACACUUGGCGAUACAGUAUUACAAUAAAUGACACUAUAUUAUUUUCCUAUCGCAAACCGUCAUUAUUAGUUUCAUUAGCGCACAGUUUGCUUUACUUUUUUCGUUUCGUGUGUAAAUAAUCAAAAGAAAUAAAUAUGCUAUGCUAGUGCUUUGCCAUUGGCUUUUGCACCUUGCACUACGACGUGCGCCUGGGGAGAAAGAGGACAGGCACUCACCCAAUCGUUGAUAAUCGAGAACACUACAUUCAUAGAACAAGGUAAAUUAGAACACGAAGAAUGUCAAUUCAAAUUCAAUAUUAAUUAUAAUAAACUACAGAAGCUGAACAUUUAAUAGGAAUAUUAAGACUUAAGGAACGACAAGGAUCGAUUUUAAAUGUAUAGCCUCUCGUAUAAUUUCCUCUGUUGUAUGAUACGCAAACACAUUUACAUUUUUUUACUUACAUGCUGGUAUCAUUACCACAAAACGACAUUAGAGUGUAUUUCCAAUUAGAAACGUACGAUUACAUAUUGGACAUAGAGACCUCAUUAGGUCGAAUUAUUUAGGUACAUCUGUACUCUUCUUCAGCGAGAAACGUUCCCGAAAUAUUUGAUCAAAUAAAGUUAUGUCACUUACAGCAAAUUUUCUAUUUUGAUAUAGAUGGGGUUUUGCAAAUGUUGAUGUUUAAGUUGUGGACAAUUUAAAAAUAUUUCUUAAAUAUAUUAUAGUGUGACUGAACCCGACUGAAUUAUGCUUUUGUCUUCAAAUGCUUUUUGUCCAGUCGUUCUGCUUUAUGUUUGUGUUGUAUAAAUUACCACUUUCAAAGUAUAUAAAUGAGUUUUGAUAAGUAAUAUUAUAAUUGCGGACUGCGAUCGUACAAAAAGGAAAAAAGGGAAUGCCUACAGUAUAUCCAUGUCGGAAAAAUUUUUUUUUUUUUAGAUGUGAAUACCCAAUUAAUUUUUUUCAAUAAGACCCUCGCUAAUUAUAGACAGAAUAUGAUUUAUGCCCAUUUUAUGUUAACGUGGUCGUUGUGUUAUACAGCUUAGACUCCUUUUUGUCAAUAUUAUGUAACUAAUAUUCUUAAGAAUUCUGAUCAUCGUGAUGAGGAUAUGGCCAAGAUUAAAGAUUGUGUGAGGGAAUUUACUCGUACGAAACUUAGUAAUUAUUGUGCUUUAAUCUAAAUCUAUCUCUUAAUUUUCAUGCAAUGUACUUAGAUAAUACUGUUCCAGAGUGUGCAAAGAUUUGCAUUUUCAUGUUUACGAGUUAUAUCUCAUAGUCUCAGAAUUGGGUGUGGAAAAGUACAAACGGAACUGCAUUUGUUAUGUGAAUGCGCCAUGACCGCCCAUAUACGCCAGAACAUGGGUAUAAUUUGUAAUGAUAUUUAUUCUUUAUUAGCAUUGGAGCCUAAAUUAUUAUCUUAAUUUACUUAUGAAAUCUUAAAAGCCAGUGAAAAUUAGUAAAUGUUUAUUACCGUAAGUUAUUAGGAGAACAGUGCAUUAUUUAAGUCUUACCACGCUUGAUAUGUGUUGUAAUGCCAUGUUGGAGGGCGGUUACCCCGAGUUUGUCAAAAAAAACAAAACUAACUAACUAGUCAUAUGCCUUAAAAACAUCAGCAAUAAAUGACAUGUUUUAGAAAUCGAUCAGAUAAAAAUAAAGGUAAGCUAGGUCUCGGCACAAGGCAUGAUAUACAGUAAGCUAGGGCCAAUUAUUUUUCGCUAGGCCUAGCCCAGACAUAGCUAGGCUACGGCCAGGCCCCUCUCUCUUGGAUCCGGGUAAAUCGAUUUGGAUCGCCUCAAUAUGGCUAUUCUUCGGCAAUAGAGCAUUAACAUAGCGACACUGAAGUUUAAAUUUAGGGUCAAGCCAGCUCCACCAAUCAAGACCUCGAAUUUACGUAAACACCAGCGUUGCCAUUUGGCCUUUUUGACGGCCGUAUAAAUCUGGCCGUAUAAAAAUUCGCCUGAGCCGUAACGUUGGAAAAGUCACGGCAAAACUAUAGUUGGCCGAAUUUUGUAAAAAGUUUACAUUUUUUUCAAUGUAGGCCUAAUGUAACGUAGACUUGUUUUGGAUAUGUUGUUUUGU